UCCAACUUUGAGGAGGCCACAACUACUAUCCUUGACGACAACUUUUGGGACGAUGUUGAGAAGUCUAUCAAUGAUACGGAGGCUAUCGUGAAAGUACUGAAGAUGGUGGACGGUUCAGGGGCCACCAUCAACAAGGUUUAUCAUCAUAUGGACGCCGUAGUGGACGGGAACAGAAAGUUGGAAGUCCUUCCGGAUUUUGAGAAAGCGGAAGUGGAAUCGAUCCUCAUGGAUCGAUGGGCAUUCAUGACAUCGGAGCUGCAUUGUGCAACACCAUUUUUGGAUCCGGAGUUCCGUGCACAGUCUGCCAUCCACGAUACGGAGAUCUGGGCGGACUUCAACAUAUGGUUGUACACAUGGGCCACGCCAGACGAUUUAAAGAACAUCAGCUGGCAAGUGGACGACUGGGUUCGCAUGAAGGGCGCAUUGGGGUCGAGAGAGGCAUUGGAUGGGGCGCGAUUGAGGAACCCCUCCAUGUGGAGGACGAAGCUGCUGCUGGGUCGUCUUGCCAAGCUCGUGUACUAUAAUUGGAAUCUCCACCUGAAGUGGAGGCAAGAGAAGGGGGCUGGCCAAGACGAUGUCCACAUCCCGUGGAUGGAGGACUUACCAGAUGCGGAGAACAAGGCGGAGGCAGAGCGUUACUACAACGAGUGGGUGCAGAAAGUAAAGGAGAGCACCAGGGAUAUGAUGGCUGGCACAGAGGACGAUAGCGCUGUCAUUGCAGAGUUGGACGAUGAAGGUGAUCUGCCUUUGGCAAGAAGGUGGUUGCGCAAUGACAGACUUGACGACAUGAUAAAUGAAGAGGAUGAAAUCGCACAUAUUCAGAACUACACAAACGAGGGUCAGUUCUGCACUGCGCCAGAGAGGCAUAGAGAGCGCUUGUUGAGGAGGAGAUCGGGGCGCGAGCGAGCAGACCCCUUAGUGGAGUACAACGUUGAGGAGCGCGAGAGUGCGUUGCGGGCACGAGAGACAGGCGAUUGGGUGGAAGGUAGAUGCCCGUGGGGCAGCAGCAGAGCAAAAGGACGGCAGCAGCAACAUGCUGCUGAAGUCCAUGCUGUGGAAAAACGCCCUGCCGAAGAACAUCUUUCACCGCCCAAGAAAAAGAAGAGAGGACGCCGCAGCAAUGUUGAAGUGGCCGAGAGGAAAAAAGAGGAUAAGGCUGCGAAGAAGGCUGCAAAGAAGGCUGCAGCGGUGGAGAAAGCUGCUAAGAAAGCAGCGAAGAGAGCAGCAGCGAGAGCUGUUAAGAAAGCUGCCAGGAAAGUGGCUGCUGCAGCUCCAGAUGUCCUGACAUCCUCCCGCGUGGUAAAAAAACAGGCAAUGAAACAGGCGGGGAAGAGGAUGUCGGUCAUCCUGGAUGAUGACGAUUGUGAAGCGUCGUCCUCGUCGUCAUCAUCAUCAUCGUCACCAUCUUCACGUUCUGCAUCUGAUUCAUCUGCUGGUGACGAACAUCAUUGCGAGGGUGAUGUCGGGAGUGAAGACGAAGGGGGUGAUGAUCAGGGGAGUGAGGAGGGUGGUGACAAUGCUGUCGAUGGAGGACAGGAGUAGAUUGGGUUCGAUGAUGACGCAGUGUCUCUGCGUCAACCACAACCAUCAGGUGCGUUACAUAUCAUUCCCGCCUCACAGUGCUUUUGAAAUUAAUAAAAUAAAAAUUAAAUU